AUGUACAGAGAGAGUCUGCUUACCUCCACGUUUAACUCCUCAUUUGUUUGACCUGCAAAGUUUUAUCUUGGUGGGUUUUACAACAUCCCUCAUGCCUAUGUCUUCUUGUGCUUUGUGUACAUCAUGACUGUCCUUGGCAAUGGUUUCCUCCUCUCUGUUAUCUACAUGGUGAAGACUCUACAUAGUCCUAAAUAUAUAAUAGUUUUCAACUUGGCUUUCACAGAUCUAUGUGGGAGCACUGCUCUCAUCCCAAAACUCUUGGACUCAUUUUUGUUUAACAGGAGWUACAUUGUUUAUGAAGCCUGCUUAGCUUACAUGUUCUUUGUUUUGUUAUUCGGAGGUAUACAGUCAUGGACGCUUGUCACCAUGGCCAGAGGAAUAGAGAUUUGCUUCCCUUUAAGGUAUCAUAGCAUUGUAACUACUUGGAUGUUUUUGGUUGGUUUCAUGGCAACUUCGGCUGGUUUUAUUAAUCGCCUCUCGUUCUGUUCGUCUGUAAAGAUUAAAAGCUUCUUCUGUGAUCAUGGCCCAAUAUAUUAGCUGGCCUGAAAUGAUAAAUCUUACAGUCACAUAUUGGCUAUUGCUGGCCUUAUUGUGGUGAUGUGCAUUCCCCUCAUUCUGAUAGUUGGCUCUUAUGUUUGCAUUUCCAUCGCUUUGUCCAGGACUAUUUCAAGAGAGRRAAGACUCAGARCUUUAGAAACAUGUACUUCUCACCUGAUUCUUGUUGCCAAGGGCAUAUAA